AUGGCAAACGUGAUUGAAAGAGGCUCCCGAAGGGCCAGAGCUUUCAAUGAAGAACAAACUGAUGAAAAUUUUACCUCAUUGCCAAGGAAAGAUCCUGAUAUUUUUUCCUUCGAUAAAUCUAAUGCAAUGCAUCUAGAGUCCAAAUCAAGAAGAAAUAGUCUCUACAGAGAUAGUACCGUAGUAGUAAAAUAUCCUUCCAGUCUACCAAACUUAUCUCUUUCUACUAGUUCUGGAGGAGAACAUAUACAUAUACUGAACCAGGUGAGCUCUGAUCUAGAGUUGAAAAAGGGCUCCUUCGAUCAUCUAUUGUGGUUCUUAAUUGUGAAUGUUGUACUACUCAAUUUCACAAUUGGAUUCUGUUAUGGGUUAUUGCCUGGGAUGUUACUACAAUUGAACAAAGCAUCGCAUACAGAAGUUGAAUUUGCAGUCAGUGUAUCCAUUAUGGAUUUUUUUGCAUUUUUGAGUCUGAUUGCAUUCGAAUGGAUAGGCUAUUUACGUACUCAUGGAAGGAGACAAAUUAUACUUAUUGGAAGUUUUUGUUUGGUUGUGGGCUCAGUUAUCUGCUUGUUAUUUCAUGAUGAUUUGACCCAUUUGGCAUUUCUCGGGGGAAGAUCACUCUUGGGCAUCGGUAUGGGGCUAUUGAGUUUUAUUUUGCCAUUUUAUAUUUUUGAAAUUUUAACCUUCAUUAAUCGAACCAGAUUGCUUUGCUAUUUCAUUGCAAACUAUCUAUUUGGAUUCUGUAUCGGUAUCUGGACAUGUUAUGCAAUGGUUAGUGGUAAUUUGCCUACUGUAUUAAUAAUUCAAUCCAUAUUGUGUUGUGUAGUCCUAACCGUCUCGUAUCUAAUUAUUGUCGAAACACCAUAUUGGCUAUUGUCCAACAAUUUCGAUUUGGAAGGGUUCAUUGCAAUAACUAACCUUUAUAAUAAUGGUGACAUUAACCAUCCAAAGGUAAAAAGAGAAUAUCAGAGAAUUAAACAGGCAAUUCCCUUUAGCACAAACCAGGAAAACGAUGCAAGAGAUAUAUUUGCCAAUUCAAAGAAAAAACUGUUAAUAAUGUUAAGUUUAUCCACUUUCACAGUCGUUAACGGUACGACAUUAUUUAACAUCUUCAUGCCGGUUAUAGUAAAUUUCAAAGAUACCACGGAGACUUUAUUAGUCACAGCGUCAAUAUUCACAGUACAUGUGUUGGCAUUAAUGGGCCAAAUAUACUUGCAUCUAAUAAAUAAGCUUAACCAAAAGCAAAUCCUGUUAUUAAGCAUACCGAUGUUAAUGAUCAUACUGCUAUUUUUGAUAAUAAGCAACAUACCCAAUAUCAGCUGUCUACUCAUUGCAUUUUUCCAGAUCAUUAUUGGUUUUACAUGGGCACCAAUAUCUGUCACCUACUUAUUUGAAGUGGCAGCAGCUGGUAGCGAAUUUAGAUUAAUUUUAACAGCUAUGACGCUAAGAUUUCUAAUCAAUGCAGCCUUUGAAUUUAUCGCUGGAUAUUUAAUCUGGAAUAAUCCAGGCAAUACACGAUGGAUUUAUUUAUUCAAUUUAACGUGCAUCGGUAUAAGUUUCUAUUUCAUUCGUAAAUACUAUUAUGACACGAUAAGGCUGCCCCUGGAGGAUGUCGGUGACACUAAUAAUAAUGGUGAAAUCGUUGCAGAUGAGGAAAGCGUGAUAGAAAUUAUACCAAGCUCAAGCAUAAGAAGUUUCAAUGCAUCAAGAACUAGUAACUUAAUUGAGCCACCUACUAUUGAAGAUGUAGCGAAUUUCAAGAAGCAUCAAACUGAAGAAGAUAAGGUGGUCUUGAAAAACCUAAGAAGAGGCUCAGAAAACAUAUCAAUCUUUGUAAAUAAAUUUAUUAGACGAAAUGGGAUGAGUAGCAGAAGUGACGACGCUGAGAGCAAUGCCAUAUCGUAUGGAUCCAUAGACUCACACAACCGCAGUAGCCUGUAG